AGUUGACACCGCUAAGCCAUGCCUCCAAAAAAGCACAAAAACCCGAAGACUCCAAAUGAGCCGAUUGGCACACUCACAGCUGAACUAUCCGAGACCACUAUCAGAGCCGAAAUCCCGCCAAAGCCAGACCACAGACUCUAUGGAUGUCGACAUCUCCGAGACUCCGGGAACUAAUGAGUAUACGGUCUCGGAGGACCAAUUGCUCGGAGCUCUGCCGUACAUUCCGACUCCCAUCACGCCCUCGGGCACCACCACCAUCAUCCCAGACAAUCCGCCUUUCGGAUUCACCGACUAAGAAGAGAUCGAGUUCUCCGGAUGAUGAGAACGACGGUCCCAAGAAGAGACGCAACGAAGGGGGAUCUUCGAGACGGGUCUUCUCCAACCAUCCCGACUUCAACGAGAGGUACCCAAACCCACCAACUGAGGAGGAAAUCCACGGCCGUAAAGGUCGUCGGAACUAGACGAUUAUUUUAAUCCACCGACAUUCCCAUUCCACUUUUUAGUUUUUGUUAUGGGCCCACUUGUUACUUGUCUAUCUUGUUAAAAUAAACAGAUAUUUAAUAA